AUGCCUGAGAUCCUCGUGUACGCGAACUAUGGCCGUAAUCCACCCCCACCCGCCAUUCCUGCCCCCACAAACGCCUAUGCUGGCAAGGGGCUCAUGUCCUACCUCCCCCAACGCCACCUCUCCGCGGAGAAACAAGACCUCAUCGCUCGGUUCGGGAAGCGGCAUCCUGAGCGCAUACUGCCCGGGUCCGUGCUGCAGGUGACGAACGCGCAAGCCCCGACGACGUUCACCGGCGUGCUCAUCUCGAUUCGCCGGCGGGGCGCGGACACGUCGUUCGUGCUCCGGAACGUCGUCCAGCGCACGGGCGUCGAGGUGCAGUACUUCCCUGCGUCGCCGCACCUCAAGGCGAUCAAGCUGUUCUAUCUUCGGGACUCUGCAGAGAAGAUGACGUCCAUCUCGCGCGGGCUUCGUGCUUAG